CCUCAACUCAUGGCCGUGUAUGAAUAGCUUCCCUCAACCGUAAAACCGAGUAUAACCCUUCCCUAACUCUGAAAACCGUUGCAAAUCAACUCCCCGGACGAUUUUGGAAGUGGUUUAUUCCUACGUGGCAAUUGACUUGCUUAGGUGGUAGUUGACUUGCUAAGUCAUCCAGCGGGACCCACAUGUCAGCAAUCUCCUGUUAGACUUAAUCUUGUUGUUUAUUGUGUGAGUUGUGAUUAGUGCGUGCAUGAGUUAGCUUGAUCAAGAAAAUCCAUGAUCUGCAUGUAAGUGCUUGCAUGUAGGAAGCUAUAGGUGGAUAUCGGCUGGGAGUAGUGGCCAAGUCAAGUAGCUUGAGUAGUGGCAUGGAUUGUGGAUCAGUUAGCUGUGUUGCAUGUGUGUUAGUGCAUUUGCAUGCAAGGAGAUAUGGCCUGCAUGCAUAGAGACGUGAUUAGUGGUUAAUUAGUGGCUAAGUCAUGUGACUGGUGGCCGGUUAGUGUGGAAAAAACGUGGCUAGUGUGCUGCUGCGCGUGUGUGCUAUUUAAGCAUGUAAUCAGUGUGUGAUUAAUGUGUGGAGAAUAGAAAGUGAAGUGUGUGGUGGUUCACUGGUGUGUAGUGACAAGAAAUUUCCUUGCGUCUCUUUGUUUCAUUGCGUGCUGUUCAUCUUCUUCCUCUGUCAUUGCCUCCUCUGUAUGUGUGUGUUUCAUCGAGUGAAAGAGAGAGAGAGAGAGAGAGAGCUGUGUGUGUGCAAGUGAGUGUUUGGGCUAACAUCUCCACCUCAUCUCAUCUUCUCCCUCACCAUGAUUCCCUUCAAAAAACGGGAAAGGAAAAAAUCAAGAAGCGGAGGCGAGGGCGCGAGGCGAUAGAAUCGAGCAGCAAGAUCAACGGCAAGACAAGUAGCACAUGGUGGUUGCCGAAUUCAGAGAAGACGCCGGCGAUCACGCGAAACAAGAAAGGGGAACGAACAGAACACGAGCAAACAGCAAACAAGCUAGCGGAGUUCUUCUAGCGUGCGCGCGACGCGGAGAGGGUGUCCGCCAUGCGCAGCUGCGGGCAACGCCGCCGUCGUCCCCGUGCCGGAGCCUCUCCGUCCUCAUGCUGCACUGCUGCAGCACAACCCAGCGCUCGGCGACAACCCCAGUGGCUUCCUUCUCGGACGGCCGGCGAGCUUCUUCUGCGCGCGGACGGCCGGCGAGCUCCUCCCCUGCGCGCGGCCAGCCGGCGAGCUCCUCCCCCGCGCGCUGCCGGUCGACGAGAUCCUCCUCGCGUGAGGACGGCCGGCGAGAUCAUCCCCACGUGCGGACGGCCGGCGAGCUCCUCCCCCGUGCGCGGCCCCCGACUUGGAGGGGCUACCUCGUCCUCCACGACCCCUUCUCAGACAAUGCCCUGGCGCCCUCCGGCCUCCUCUGCGUGCUCGAGCCGAGCCGCUCCCCCCGCGCGCGCGGCGCGGCUAGCCGACGAGCUCGUCCCCCGUGCGCCGUCGUUGCCGCCCUGCUGAUAGAAGGUGAGAAGAGGAAGAUCGGCACCGUGAUCGGGAUCGACCUCGGCACGACGUACUCGUGCGUCGGAGUCUACCGGAACGGCCAUGUCGAGAUCAUCGCCAACGACCAGGGGAACCGGAUCACGCCCUCGUGGGUCGCCUUCACCGACGGCGGCGAGCGGCUCAUCGGUGAGGCCGCCAAGAACCAGGCGGCGGCCAACCCGGAGCGGACCAUCUACGACGCCAAGCGGCUCAUCGGCCGGCAGUUCUCCGACGCCGAGGUGCAGCGCGACAUGAAGCUGCUGCCGUUCGCCGUCGUCGACCGGAACGGCAAGCCGCACGUGCGCGUCGAGGUGAAGGACGGCGACGUGCGCGUGUUCAGCCCGGAGGAGGUGAGCGCCAUGGUGCUCACGCGGAUGAAGGAGACGGCCGAGGCCUACCUCGGCGAGAAGGUCACCCGCGCCGUCGUCACCGUCCCGGCCUACUUCAACGACGCGCAGCGGCAGGCCACCAAGGACGCCGGCGUCAUCGCCGGGCUCACCGUCGACCGCAUCAUCAACGAGCCCACCGCCGCCGCCAUCGCCUACGGCAUCGACAAGAAGGGCGCCGAGAAGAACGUCCUCGUCUUCGACCUCGGCGGCGGCACGUUCGACGUCAGCAUCCUCGCCAUCGACAACGGCGUGUUCGAGGUCCUUGCCACCAACGGCGACACCCACCUCGGCGGCGAGGACUUCGACCAACGCCUCAUGGACCACUUCGUCAAGGUCAUCCGCCGGAAGCACGGCCGCGACAUCACCGGCGACGCGCGCGCGCUGGGCAAGCUCCGCCGCGAGUGCGAGCGCGCCAAGCGCGCGCUCAGCAACCAGCACCAGGUGCGCGUCGAGGUCGAGUCCCUGUUCGACGGCGUCGACUUGUCGGAGCCGCUCUCCCGGGCGCGGUUCGAGGAGCUCAACAGCGACCUCUUCAAGAAGACGAUGGUGCCGGUGAGGAAGGCCAUGGCGGACGCCCGGCUGAGCAAGGGCGACAUCGACGAGAUCGUCCUCGUCGGCGGCAGCACCAGGAUCCCCAAGGUGCAGCAGCUGCUCAAGGACUACUUCGGUGGCAAGGAGCCCAACCGCGGCGUCAACCCCGACGAGGCCGUGGCGUACGGCGCCGCCGUGCAGGCCAGCAUCAUCAGCGGCCACGUCGACGAGAACACGGAGAGCAUGAUCCUCCUCGACGUCGCGCCGCUCACCCUCGGCCUGGAGACGGCCGGCGGCGUGAUGGCCAAGCUGAUCCCGCGCAACACGGUGGUGCCGACGAAGAAGACGCAGGUGUUCACCACGUACAAGGACAAGCAGACGACGGUGACCAUCCAGGUGUUCGAGGGCGAGCGGAGCAUGACGAGGGACAACCGGCUGCUCGGCAGGUUCGACCUCGCCGGCAUCGCGCCGGCGCCGAGGGGGGCGCCGCAGAUCGAGGUGACGUUCGAGGUGGACGCGAACGGCAUCCUCAGCGUGCUGGCCGCCGACAAGGCCACCGGCAGGUCGGAGAAGAUCACCAUCUCCGGCGACGACCGCAAGAUCAGCCAGGAGGAGAUCGACCGGAUGGUGCGCGAGGCGGAGGAGUUCGCCGAGGAGGACCGCCGGCACAGGGAGCAGGUGGACGCCCGGAACAGCCUGGAGGCGUACGUCUACAACAUCAAGAACACGCUCGGCGGCAAGAUGGCGGACGCCAUGGAGGGCGAGGAGAAGGACAAGGUGGAGGAGGCGGUGAGGGAGGCGUACGAGUGGCUGGACGGCAACCCGGACGCCGGCAAGGAGGAGUACGAGGAGAAGCUGAGGGAGCUGGAGGACGUGUGCAACCCCGUCAUGUCGGCGGUCUACCAGAGGUCCGGCGGCGGCGGCGGCGGCGCACCGGAAGAUGGCAACGUCGACGACGAGGAUGACCACGAUGAGCUUUAG